AUGUCAGUCUUGCGAUCACAGCCUACUCCUGUUGUGCCGCUACAUCUGAUAACUUCUGCCAGUCGCAAAACAGAACAGAAGCCAUCGUUAUCGCACUCUGCAGAGAUUGAGCGACAUCAAGACCUUUCGGUGCCGAAUUCGAACUCGAACCAUCGAGUAACUAAAGAUCAUAACAACCAUACUAGCUACCAUUCUUCGUCGAAUUCAGAGUCAAACAUGGAAAGUCCUCGUUUGUCUGAUGGUGAAUCCUCAACUCCGACCUCUAUUGAAGAGUUGAAUCCGACGAUAAACAAUUCGAGGCUGGUGAAAAGAAACUACUCAAUAUCAAUUGAUCCUUUACGUAAUAACAGUAACAACAAUACGGAUGAUGACCGUCCAAACACGUUGACUUCACCAAAACCAAAUCAUAGUAUUAGUAAUUAUAAUAACGGCAAGGAAAUCCAGAAGUAUAGUUUCCCCGAAGAUAAGGAGUCGAACGGUUGCUUAGACAAUUCCAGUCUUGUUCAAACCGAUUCGUACAUCCAAGACUUGAAUGAUGAUCACAUUCUUCUAAACAAGCGUGUUUCAAGGCGGUCUUCCAGGAUAUCUGCGGUGACAGCGACGUCCACGACAAUUAAGCAAAGAAGAAACACUCAGGAUUCGAACUUGCCCAAUAUUCCCUUCCACGCUUCUAAGCACUCCCAGAUACUACCUAUGGAUGAUACAGAUGUAAUGAAAUUGGCCAACGCAAAUACCAGCAUGAAGCCGAACUCCGCCACUAGAAUCAACCAUUCAAUGACUUCGCUGCCCCUUCACCCCCUUCCACAGCCCUCCCAAAAGUCCAAGCAAUAUCAUAUGAUAUCUAAGUCGACCACUUCUUUGCCCCCUGAAAACGAUCAUUACUACCAACACACUCAUAGCAAUAAUCAUAAUCACACCGUAACUGCUAACGCCACCACCACCACUACUACUACUACUACAAACACGGGUUUGAAAAGAUCAGAAUCCGCUACGGCAGAGAUUAAAAAAAUGAGACAGUCCCUAUUGCACAAAAGAGAAAUGAAAAGGAAAAGGAAGACUUUUCUAGUGGAUGACGACCGUGUUUUGAUCGGUAAUAAAGUCAGUGAAGGUCACGUCAACUUCAUAAUAGCGUAUAAUAUGCUUACUGGUAUCCGCGUUGCCGUGUCACGUUGUUCUGGCAUAAUGAAACCUCUGACCCCGGCGGAUUUUAGAUUCACAAAAAAAUUGGCUUUCGACUACCAUGGCAAUGAGUUGACUCCCUCUUCCCAAUAUGCCUUCAAAUUCAAAGAUUAUUGUCCGGAAGUUUUCAGAGAGUUACGUGCAUUAUUUGGCCUAGAUCCUGCCGAUUAUUUAGUUUCGUUAACCUCAAAAUACAUUUUGAGCGAAUUGAACUCGCCCGGGAAGAGUGGUUCCUUUUUCUACUAUUCAAGAGAUUACAAAUACAUUAUCAAGACAAUUCAUCAUUCUGAGCAUAUUCAUUUGAGAAAGCAUAUUCAAGAAUACUAUAAUCAUGUAAAGGAUAACCCAAACACUCUAAUUUGCCAAUUUUAUGGGUUGCAUAGAGUGAAAAUGCCCAUAUCAUUUCAAAAUAAAAUCAAACAUCGGAAAAUCUACUUCUUAGUCAUGAAUAAUCUAUUCCCUCCACAUUUAGACAUUCAUAUCACUUAUGAUUUGAAGGGAUCCACAUGGGGUCGUUUUACCAAAUUGGAUAAAGAAAGAUUGGCAAAAGACAGGUCCUAUAGACCUGUGAUGAAAGACUUGAACUGGCUCCAGGAAGGUCAAAAAAUUAAAUUCGGCCCAUUGAAAAAAAAAACCUUCUUGACCCAACUGAAAAAAGAUGUAGAACUGUUGGCCAAGUUGAAUACAAUGGAUUAUUCUCUGUUAAUUGGAGUCCACGACAUCACUAAAGCCAAAGAAGAUGAUUUACAACUGGCUGAUACAGCAUCCAUUGAGGAGCAACCACAGGCACAAGCGCCCAUGAGAUCUGGAGCGGGUACGGUGGUACGACAUUUUUUCAGAGAGUUUGAAGGUGGAAUUCGCGCCUCUGAUCAAUUCAACAAUGACGUGAAUUUGAUCUACUACGUGGGAAUAAUCGAUUUUUUAACAAAUUAUUCCGUCCUGAAGAAAUUAGAAACCUUUUGGAGGAGCUUGCGCCAUGAUACCAAAUUGGUUAGUGCCAUACCUCCAAGAGACUACGCUGAUAGAUUUUAUGAAUUCAUAGAAGAUUCUGUAGAUUCUCUACCCCAAAAGAAAAACCAAUCAUCGUAUAAAGACGAUCCUGAUCACAAAAGUUAUAAAGACUGA